AUGGAAGGUGUUGCGUCAAUGAGUAUGGCCGUGGUGCCGGGCCAGAGUCGUACCCACAACGGCAACGUUGUGGACGAGUCGCCGCCCUGGGGCAAUAUGAGCGAGGAACAGUUCUUCGCUAGCCUCCCCAAGUACGACAUGUUGCCGCUGGCGAAUUGGGAAAACAACCACGUCGUUAUUUAUGCAUUGGUAUGUUCGAAAUUCAUGGGAAAAUUACUAUGGGUUUUGCAAACUUACUGCAUUUUACUUUUGGCUAUGAGGAUACUAUACAUAGAUCAUUAAUGGUAAAACACAAAACGAGAUAGACAGUUUGAUACAAAGUUUAAAUUAACUUCCUUUGAUAUCUGGUAAAAAAGAUCUUUUUAACAAAAUUAAUGCUUUACAUUCAAGUUAAUAUCAUAAUUAACUUUUCUUUUAUCAAAAAAUUGUUUUCGUAGCAGCCAAAGUUAUUACCUAGAGUAAAAACACUACACUACGGUAACUUUGUAAAUAGCAAAAAUUCAUUAGACUGAAGAGUUAGUCUUACUCAGACAUUACUUGCUAUUUUACAUUACCUCAGUGUUAGUUUACCGUUAUUCCUCAAUGUUAAUUUACUGCAAAAGGAUGUUUUGUACUAGCCCCUAUCCAGCAAACAACUUAUUAUUACAUUAGCUGUCUGUCUUUACUCUCGCUGUUUUAAUAUACUUGAUGGUGUACAUUACUCUUCUAGCAUAAACAACUUUACAGUAUUCCCCCAAUAUCGUAUGUUUUCAGCUGUACGCGGCCUUGUUCCUAGUGGGUGUGUGUGGUAACAUCUCGGUGAUUACUCUGAUCCGCCACGUGCACACUGGAAUCACCAUGGACAAUACCAUGAUAUACGUGCUGUUCUUGUGCUGUGUGGACCUAGCCAGUAUCAUACCCCUGCCUAUGGCCAUCGUCGACCAGUUGUUGGGGUUUUGGAUGUUUGGUGGGUUAAUUAGCAUACGAUGUCACUUCUAUGAAAUCGGAACUCGAAAACAUUGCAAAAUGGUGGUUUGAUUGCAAAAGAUGUUAAGAAGAGUGUUUAGAAGUAGUACCAAAAAGUAAAAGCAUGUAGUUAGAAACAGACAUCAACAAGGUUUAGCCUCGCAUAUUAACAUGUUACGAUAGUAGAUAUAUACACGUUAUAAUAGUCGGUAAACUUAAAGACUUGAAACAUUUAUGACAAAAAGUUGCAAAAGUUUCGAAUAAAGAAUUUGAUGGGCAUCAAUCACCCACUCAAGGAGUUGACAUAUAGGAAAUUAAACUGCCGUCAUCCAAAAACACGUCCUGGUGCAGAAGUUUAGUCAAACGUGUAGUGGAAAGUAAUAUACCAAUUAUAUCUUUGCACUUUUUCACAAUGUUUAACUAAAAUAAGAGACAUAAUAACCCAAAAAGUUUUUCAAAAUUUUAAAAAAAGAUAAAAGUACAUUAUAUCAUCCAAAGUAAUUUCAGGUACCUUUUUCUGUAAAUUAUACCGCUGUCUCGAGCACGUCGGCCGUGCUCUAUCGACCUUUGUGCUAGCCGCCAUGUCUUUCGACCGGUUCCUACGAGUAUGUUUCCCCCACAAGAAGAUCAAACGGUGUACUGUAUUCUACCAGUUGUUCGCGUUGAGUGCUCUCACCUUCCUACUACUGUCACCUCUGAUCGUUCGUGCUAGCAGUGAAGAGAUCGUACUCAAAGAGGUGCUACUGGAGAAGCCAUACCGGCUGGCACGAGUCAGGAUCUACAAGUGUGUAGAUCAUCUAGAAGGCACUCCAUUGGCCGUGUUCAUCAUGUACAUGUUCUUGGUGGGCUUCUUCUUUCCGGUUGUCAUGAUCUUCUUCUUCUACGCGUUCAUGGUCAGGAGGUUGAUUGUUAGGUCACGGUCCAUCAAGACUUCGCAGGUAAGAUAGUGGUUUAUAACAGUUCAUGUACCACUUUCAAAUCGUAUUCCAUAAUAUAGUAGUAAGCCUGCUACACAUUUAUGUUUACAUAAAUUGCUAUCUUUACAACAUUAUUAAUUUCUAUCUAUCUAAUUACAAAACCGUGUAGUCUGUUCGGUAAUCACGUGAGAUACUCAAAAAUAGACGUAUAAGUCACGCAAUUACUCUAUCCAUCACAAAAUGAUUGGUUUGUCUCAUACAUAACCAUCUCAUUCUAACAUAUACACAAUUAGUAUUUUACAAUGUACGUAUCUCUGAAGACCUAAAUUACAAGAAAAAUUUGAACAAUCGAAAAAAAAUCACAAAAAAGUACUAGAAUAUUCAUUUUGCAGUUGCCAGUUGCCCGAGUUGCCGGAUACACAAUAGCCAUAUCAGUAUUCUUUGUCAUGUGUUGGUCGCCCUACUGGAUCGCCAUGUUAUACCUGAACUUAUACCGAUAUACAUGGGACGAGACUCAAGUAGAGCAGAUCCACGCAUCAGAGCGGUUCAUCUACAUUAUGUAUGGUAUACAUGCUCUACCGUAUGUGAACUCGGCUUCUAAUUGGCUGUUGUACGGUAAGUUGUUAACAUUUCAGCGUAUGCUUACACUAUGUAAAAUUGUGUAUAUAGAUGGGAAAAUGUAAUUAGAUAAUACAUUUGUCAACACAUAUAUGUCAACAUAUACUUGUUUUAUACUGUAUUGUAUUUCACUCUACUAGCAUUUAAACGUACUUUGAAUGACGUACAAUAACGUAGUUUCCUUGACCUAUUCCAAGAACGACACGUCAGUUUUAGGUUAAUUAUAAAUCAUUGAGCAAAGACAUGGUAUCAACUUUUUAUAAUACUAGAAAAAACAGCAAUUACCUGCCUCUAAAAAAGCGUAUAACGUAUUAAGACAGCAAAUUUUCAUUUUUGCAAUAAACAGUUUUUUAAACGUACAAAAGGUCACGUUGAUAACAACACAAACUCUUAAAUUGUGUAUAAUCUAUGAACAAACUAGUCCUAUUGGUUUAAUUUGUCGCGCAAUAAGUACAAUCAUAGAAAAAAUAGCCACAAUAUAUAUCUCACAACUAUACAUUCAUGAAAAAUGCCAAUACCUCGCUUACCCACCUCGCUUCAGGCCUCCUCAACAGCCAACUCAUGCGUCGUUCCAACGAAUCCAAACGGCAAUGUUCGAGUUCGCAUCGUAUGUCGCGGACGGUGUUCUCCCAGCCCAAUCCACCCAUGUCACAGCCGCUGACCACCAAAGUGGACGACAUGACCCCGACCAAUGGGGCCGAAGAAAGUUCCCUCAUAUCACACCGACCUCAGGACGCUCUCCUCUAA